GCCCUCGGGUCGGUUAGGUACUGAGCGCUCCAGGUGAGGAGUUGUGCGUCGUUUAGAGAAAUGAAGGCGGGCUUUUGCUCCUUUUUCCAAAGACCAACAAAGAAUCCUUGCCCAGCUCCUAACCCAAGCCCUGUUGGAGCUGUGUGCGGUUGUUGGGACCCAGUGGCGUCUCCUUGUCGCUCCUGUCCUUCCCUUGCCCGGCGAUGCGUCUUUGUGGCUUUGGAGUGAAUACUUAAAUCCAAGGUCAUGGCAAGACAUCUGAAGUUCAUCGCAAGGACUGUGAUGGUACAGGAAGGGAACGUGGAAAGCGCAUACAGGACCCUAAACAGAAUCCUCACUAUGGAUGGGCUCAUUGAGGACAUUAAGCGUCGGCGGUAUUAUGAGAAGCCAUGCCGCCGGCGACAGAGGGAGAGCUAUGAAAGGUGCCGGCGGAUCUACAACAUGGAAAUGGCUCGCAAGAUCAACUUCCUGAUGCGAAAGAAUCGGGCAGAUCCGUGGCAGGGCUGCUGAGGCCUGUGGAUGGGACACCCAGUGUGAAACCCUCAUCCAGCUUUGUCUCCAUCUCUUUUCUUUGUACAAUCCCAUUUCCUGUUACCAUUCUCUACAAUAAACUCAGUGACAUGUUUGCAAGGCAUCCACAUAUAGAAACAA